UGCCGUGGGGCGGUGGCGGCAUUUCCGCAGGGUCGCGGUUUCACAGGGAAGGGUUCGUCUCGUAGCGGCAGCGGAAGGACGCCGGGAGAUGACAGAUGCACUGCUGCCCCACGGAUGCCAAGCGGCGGAGCCGGCGGGGGACGGCUACUUUCGGAAGGGAUGUAAUCCUCUUGCCGAGACUGGACGAAGCAAACUGCAAAAUCAAAGAGCUGUUCUAAACCAACAGAUUUUAAGAGCAGUGAGAAUGAGAGCUGGCGCUGAAAAUCUUUUAAGAGCAACCACCAACAACAAAGUUCGAGAGCAGGUACUACUGGAACUGAGUUUUGUAAACUCAGACCUGCAGAUCUUAAAGGAAGAAUUGGAAGGACUUAAUAUCUCAGUAGAAGUUUAUCAAAAUGCAGAAGAGACUUUCUGUAUUCCCUUGGUACCUCUUGGCCUGAAGGAAACCAAAGAUGUAGACUUUACAGUUCCACUCAAGGACUUUAUUCUGGAACAUUAUAGUGAAGACAGUUCUAACUAUGAAGAUGAAAUAGCAGAUCUCAUGGAUCUGAGACAAGCCUGCCGUACUCCUAGUCGAGAUGAAGCUGGCAUUGAGAUGUUGAUAAGCUAUUUCCUGCAACUUGGUUAUUUAGAAAACAGAUUUUUCCCACCCACCAGGCACAUUGGAGUUUUAUUUACAUGGUAUGACUCCUUCACAGGUGUCCCAGUGUGUCAACAAAAUCUGUUGCUUGAAAAAGCCAGUGUUUUAUUCAACACUGGAGCUCUUUAUACCCAGAUUGGAACAAGAUGCAAUCGUCAGACCCAGGCUGGACUUGAAAAUGCUGUAGAUGCUUUUCAGAAAGCUGCAGGAAUUCUAAACUACUUAAAGGAGACCUUUAAUCACACACCAAGUUAUGAUAUGAGCCCAGCUAUGCUGAACGUACUAGUAAAAMUGAUGCUUGCACAAGCUCAAGAGUGUGUUUUUGAGCAGAUUGGUCUUUCUGGAAUACGCAAUGAGUUUUUCACUUUAAUAAAAAUGACACAGGAAGUCGCCAAGGUGGGAGAGGUUUACAUGCUGGUUAACACUGCAAUGAAUCAGGAACCAGUGAAAGAGAAUAUUCCCUAUUCCUGGUCUAAGCUGACACAAAUAAAGUCUGACCAUUACAAAGCUCUGGCGCAUUACUUCACUGCCACCAUUCUGUGUGACCAUGAAUUGCAGCCCGGUGAUGACGAAGAUCAGCAGGAAAAAGCCUUGUCCCAGCUGUAUGACUGUGUGCCUGAAGGACUGAUGGUUCUUGCUGUUUUAAARGACAAAGUUCAGCGAAAACAAUUGGGGAAAGCACAUUUACGCAAAGCCAUUAUUUACCACGAAGAAGCCCUAAGAGUCUGUGGGCUAUGCAAAAAGCUUCGGAACAUUGAUGUUCUUCAGGAGGUYCUGACAGCUGCACAUAAGCGUUCACUUCUCAAAUAUGCUCAGCAAGAGACAGAAGAUGACUUUCUAAGUCUAAUCCAGGCUCCAGAUAUACUCCCUACAACAGAGCAUAAAAUAGAAAUAAUUGCUCCUCAGUUUUCCAAGGUGAAAGUUAAAGACUUCUUUCACAAGCUGGGCCCACCGACAGUGUUCUCAGCCAAGCAGAGAUGGACGGCUCCACGUACAAUUCGCCUUCACUAUGAAGCAGGAGAGCUUGGAUUCAGUUUAAAAGGAGGUUCACCAGUACAGAUUUAUUGUCUUGAUCCAGUUUGUUCUGCAGCAUCACUGGGCCUAAAAGAAGGUGACUACAUUGUUUCAGUUGGUGGCAUGGAUUGCAAGUGGCUUGGUGUGAAUGAGGUACUGGAAAAAUUGAAAAGUGUGGGAAAGCAACCCUUGGAGCUUGAGGUUAUCAGCUGCCAGGAUACAGUGGCAUCUUUGGUAUGUAAUCAGCAUAGCAAGAGUGCAACUUACUCUAUGGGAAUGCAGAAGACAUACUCCUUAAUCUGUUUAGCCAUGGACGAGGAUAAAAUUGAUCAGACCAAGAAAGCCCCACUAAAACUUCCUUUUCUAAGCUGGGGAACAAAAAACAGACAGAAAGCUGCAAGUACACUCUGCCUUCCUUCAGCUGUAGCUGGAAGUUCYCAGAUUAAGAAGAAGCUUUCUCCCUUCACACUUCUGAAUACAGAAAGUUCGUUGUACUGAAUCUUUCAAAAGGAUCUGUCAACAUGACACUUUUGUUUAAAAUAUAUAUAAAACUAWUKAUAUAUUUUAUCUUCAUAUGCUAAUGUAUAAAYUCAGACAAAUAUUGUUGACUUCAUUUGCUGUGCAUUGAGCCACUUAAGGUCAGAAGCUUCCAGAAACUAAAACUUAAGUAUUUGAAGGUUAGAAUGAAGUGUUUUGGGAGGUAUGCAAUGUAAAAAGAUGUAGAUUAUAGGAUUACUUACAUGACGACUGCAUUCCUUUGGAAUUUCAAAAUACAGUUAUGACUAAUUUUUUAUGAUUGUGCUAAAUGGGAGUUAUUUGUUACAAACUUGAUGCUGCAUACAAAACGAUAGGGUACACAUAAAAGAACGAUUUUGCUCUUAAAGUUUAGAGUCAAUAAUAAAUCACUUAGCACUACUUUAAAGAAUGAUUUUAACAAACCACAGAUGAGAGGGAAUAAGGUUAUUCAGAGAAACUAGUCUUGUGCCAAGGGGUGGUGUCAUAGAGUUGUGUUUUUAUGCAGAGAURCUUCCUCAGAGUACUAGGUGUAGUCUACUGAAUAGGUAAUUUAAUUCUUGAAGAGAAUUAGAAGGCUUAAAAUUGAAAAGAUCUUUUGAACUCCAAAAGGCUUUUACUCUGUUCUUUUUCUCACUUAGGUUCCAUUUUAAAUGCCUGCUGAUUCAAUUGUUAAAAACAGGCUUUAUUCCAAACAUUAUUUAACCUACUUACCUUAAGACUUGUGUCUCAAUAGUCUUGAUAAAAUGGAUAGCUGUGAAACAAAUCUUAGAACAGACAUAUUAUAGUAUAUUGUUUCAACAGCACAUAAAUUGCAGUGAUGUUUUAAAAUAUGAAAAAAAGUGCUUGUGCUAAGUGGAGAAUAUUUAUUUGCUAUCACAUUGAGUAAAAAUAAUCCUGCCCUUGUAAAAAUUCAUGAGCAAGCUAUAUCUAUAGUAAAGAGGUAAGGAGGGAGACAAAAAAUAACUAGUGAGCAUUUCUUUGAAAUUAUUUUGUUUUCUGAAAUUAAUUGAAAAUUGUUAACACUAUAGUGUUAGUUAUCAUUGCCAUCUACAGAGUAGAUAGAUGCAGUUUGAUACUUAACAAUCAAAUGA